AUGGAGGCAGCGGGGCGGCGCGGCCGGGCCGAGGGGCGCCCCGCCUGGGGGGUGCUGCUGCCUCCUUUCCUCCUCUUCCUCCUCCUGGCAGCAGAAGAUUGUCUGGCUCAGUGUGAUAAUGACUGCAAAGCUUACUGCUGUGAUGGGACUACUCCCUACUGCUGUUCAUAUUAUGCCUACAUUGGGAAUGUCCUUUCAGGCACGGCGAUAGCUGGAAUUGUUUUCGGUAUAGUAUUUAUAAUGGGAGUGAUUGCCGGGAUUGCCAUCUGUAUCUGCAUGUGCAUGAAGAACAACCGUGGGACUCGAGUAGGGGUCAUCCGAACUACACACAUCAACACUAUCAGCACGUACCCAGUGGCUCCACCACCAUACAGUUACGAAUACGAAAUGGAGUACCCAGCUGACCUACCUCCACCUUAUACUCCAACUCCACAGACUUCGAUGCAGUAUCCCCCACCCCCUCCUUAUCCUGGAUAUUCAGGGAAAUAAUUACAUGGCUUCGUGCAGAUAUUAACUGCCUGUUGAAAUAGCCAGCACCGUUGGGACAAAUAUUAUCAGCUCAGGGACAAAUAGGAUGGGGUCUGCAUCAACACAUAUGGCCAGGUGUUGAAAUAACCUGUGAGGGUUGCCAUAGCUCAGGAUGAAGAAGAAUACUGUCCACUCCCAGACCAUCGUGUUUCAUGGUUAAACAAUGUGUGACCAAAGAAACAGUUCCUGUAAGUUAAAGUGGUGCAAAUGGUUCAACAAGCUGUUUCAAAAGCACAAGAGGCAGCUGCUGGGGCUUAUUCAGGAGGAAAACUCCAACUGUUGUCUUCAAGUACAUGUCAUGUCUUUGCUUGAAACGAGGGGAAUAAGGAAGAACAAGGAAGACUGAAGCUAUUUUCAGUUUCUCCUUCAGGCUGAUAAUACCCAAUGAUCGGCUGUGCAUAUUGGUCUGAUAAGCAUAUUACAAAGAGAAGUGCUGUCGGAGUUAGUCAGUAACCAAAAAAUGAUGGAUAUUAUUUUUGGCCAAGUGUAGGUUGUUUGAAGUGCCUACUUUUAAACAGUUUGAGACUAGUUUGUGGCCUAAAAUGUAAACACAAAAGAGCAUUUUUAUAUGUGAAAUACACUAAUUUAUAGCUGAUUUACUUUGACCUGGACUUCAAUACUGUAUAUAUUGGAAAUAUGCUACCAUGCCUUUUUUAUCAGCAAAUGAUACUUUGAUUUUUUUAAAAAAUACUGGAUUGGGAAAACUCACAAGUGGGAGAAGAAAUACAAACCAAAUAUUAAAACAUCAUAGAUUUGUCUUCAAUAGUAAAGACUAUUUAAAAAAAAAUCUUACUGUUUACCAGUAAUAAUGGUAUGUAGCCUAACCAAAGAGAUGAGCAUGGAGUCUGUGAACGUCAGAUUACUUUUGAAUGUUGUCUUGGGCCUUUUAAAAUGGUAAGUCACCAAAUAACGCUUUUUGCAUUUCUCACACAUAUUGUUCAAAAUUACUUAAUCUCUACUACAUCAAGUACAGACCUUUAUGGUUUAAAAUGUUCCAUAUACUUGUGGGGCUAACUGUAAUUCAGCAGCAGCUAUUUGACUUCAGAAUAAAGCAUACGGUUACCUAAAGCAUCAUCCUUCAAUGGUAAGACUAAUAUUUUUCUCAGAUUUAUAUGAGAACCACAAAGACAGUGGUUCUCUUUGAGGAUUUAAAAGUGCUGAACGCCCUUAGUUUGAGUUGGGUGGCUGGGCAGUUUGAGAAUGCUACAGCCAAAAUAGCGGAAGGUGACAAAAAUACGGCACCUAGAGUUCAGAACGUGGCAUCAGGUCCAUUUCAGAGGGAGAGACUACAGCUUACUACUGAUUCCUGCAGAUUAAAAUGCAUUUAAAUGUUUUCCAGUAUAGCCCUCAUCUUCUUUUCAGGUUUAUCAGUGUAUUAAUGAAUAAAUAACCAACUUGCAAAAGGUGGUACCAUAUCCAAGUGAGGUCAACUGGCAACCUCGCAUCACCCCCUAAGUAUGAUAUUUUUGGCAUUCAGUCCUGAUUCAGGGAAGAACUCAAACAACCUUUUAACUUUGAGCACAAAAGUUAUUCAGAGGCUUUCUUGUAAACAAGACCUUAUUGACUGUUCUUGCUCAGAUUUUGUAAUUGUAUUUGUCCUUUCCAGGCUGACUAAGCUUAUCCUCUUGAAACCCCACUUGAAAUUGCAAAUGGCCUCAGUCCUCGCCACUGUAAGUUCAGAAGAUCUGUGUUGUGGCCCUUCGCCAAACUGAGCCUUGAGUCACAGGCCCAUUAGCUACCUAGGCAUUUGUAACCCAGUCAGAGGAAAACUGAGCUGUGUCACAGGGUUUGGUUGCUGCUGGUUCCUUGGAGUCUUCUCUAAGGAAGGGAAGUUGUAUUCUCAGUUCUGUCCAGCACAUGUUAUUUUUACAAUUACUUCUGCUUUGGGUGAUGUCCUGCAACAUUUCAGCUGGUACCAUGACCUCUCAAGAGGCAGGUGUUCCUCAGUUGAAAUCCUCCCAUGAAGGGCAACCUUCUGCAUGCGGUGUUUUGGCAGUCCCUACUCAAAACCAUCUGCUGGGGUAUUGAUGUGCCUGCCAAUGUGGUGGCCAGCAUGAAGAAUAGAAUAAGCACAGUUUUAUCGGUGGGAAAUCCUGUUUCUGCCACAUCGUUCUACGCUAGUACCUCAGCACUUUCCAGCUGAUCACACCAGAUGAUACUUAUAUGCCAAAAAGUUACCUAUAGAUAAAGCGUAUUGUAAUUUUUCCCAUUCUUGUAUUUCAUUUCUUUGUGCUGAACAUGCAGACAUACAAAUCAAAGAGGAGUUUGUAUUUGAUGAAUCUAGUUGCCUGAAAAAUACAGAGAAAGAAAACUAUCCUAUAGAUAGUAUAUCUUCCCUUAGAGAAAGAAUUUCUCCAGCCGUGACAUUUGUCAGAACAAGUUAUAAAGCAGAUUUCUUAAAUAAAAAGGCAUUUCUGGAAAAUAACUAAAAGUCUUUGAUCACAG